CGGGCUGGCUGGGUGGAGGUGGAGAGGAAGAGCUGCCGGAAGUAGGCGGCCGAGGUGGUGGCCGAGCAGGCGGCAGCUGCCAGGGAAACCGAGGCGCGGGACACACGGCCCGCAGACAGGCCGGCGAGGGGGUCGUCUCUGCGCGCCCCGUUUGCCAGAGCUGAAGGUCUCUAGUCCGGCAGCCUCCUCUGGACUCGGGCCUUUCCCUGAGCCCGCCAGGGGGCGCCGCACUGAGGGGCUGCAGAGUGGGGGGCGGGCUCGCCUGACGAGAGAAGGGGCGCCGGGCCUGGCCCGGGGGUGUGGGGAGGGCUUUCCCCCCGCUCAGGAGGUGCCCCUGGGUGGGGGACCGGGAGUCCUCACCUCGCGACUGAGGCAGGGGUUUCUGGGGGCGGGGAGGGCGCGUCGCCCUCUGCCCCCGCCGGCACCCUGGCCAUGACGGGCAAGUCGGUGAAGGACGUGGAUCGGUACCAGGCGGUCCUGGCCAACCUGCUGCUGGAGGAGGAUAACAAGUUCUGUGCGGACUGCCAGUCCAAAGGGCCACGAUGGGCCUCCUGGAACAUUGGUGUAUUCAUCUGCAUUCGAUGUGCUGGAAUCCACAGGAAUCUGGGGGUGCACAUAUCCAGGGUAAAAUCAGUUAACCUCGACCAGUGGACUCAAGAACAGAUUCAGUGCAUGCAAGAGAUGGGGAAUGGAAAGGCAAACCGACUUUAUGAAGCCUACCUUCCUGAGACUUUUCGGCGACCUCAAAUAGACCCAGCUGUCGAGGGAUUUAUUCGAGAUAAAUAUGAGAAGAAGAAAUACAUGGACCGAAGUUUGGACAUCAAUGCCUUUAGGAAAGAAAAAGAUGACAAGUGGAAAAGAGGAAGUGAACCAGCUCCAGAGAAAAAAAUGGAACCUGUUGUUUUUGAGAAAGUUAAAAUGCCACAGAAAAAAGAAGAUCCACAGCUACCUCGGAAAAGCUCCCCGAAAUCCUCAGCCCCUGUCAUGGAUUUGUUGGGCCUUGAUGCUCCUGUGUCCUGCUCCAUGGCAAACAAUAAGACCAGCAAUACCCUAGAGAAGGAUUUAGACCUUUUGGCUUCUGUUCCAUCCCCCUCUUCUUCAGUUUCCAGAAAGGUUGUAGGUUCCAUGCCAACUCCAGGGAGUGCUGGCUCUGUUCCUGAAAACCUGAACCUGUUUCCAGAGCCAGGGAGCAAAUCAGAAGAAACAGGCAAGAAACAACUCUCUAAAGACUCCAUCCUUUCGCUGUAUGGAUCCCAGACACCUCAAAUGCCUGCCCAGGCAAUGUUCAUGGCUCCAGCUCAGAUGGCGUAUCCCACAGCGUACCCCAGCUUCCCUGGGGUCACACCUCCUAACAGCAUAAUGGGGAGCAUGAUGCCCCCGCCAGUAGGCAUGGUAGCUCAGCCAGGAGCUUCUGGCAUGGUUGCCCCCAUGGCCAUGCCUGCAGGCUAUAUGGGUGGCAUGCAGGCUUCAAUGAUGGGUGUGCCAAAUGGAAUGAUGACCACUCAGCAGGCUGGCUACAUGGCAGGCAUGGCAGCUGUGCCGCAGACUAUGUAUGGGGUUCAGCCAGCUCAGCAGCUGCAGUGGAACCUUACUCAGGUAAGCUACCCCAUUUUCCUCGGGACAAGAGUGUUGAGCCUUCCUCAAGGCUGUCUCACGUCAUCACUCCCUUAUCCUUUGAACCCUUAUAACAUAAAGGAGAUAAUGCAGAGACAUUCUUAGGUUUGCCACCCUUCCCCACCCUUUUUUUUCCUAGAAGGUCUACCUAAUGUCAGACUUUCUGAGGAGUUCUGGGUUACUGUAGAAUGAGGGUAAUUGCCUCAAUCUAAAUUUCUCCACACAUUCCUCAAAACAAAAAUUUAAAAAACCCUAUAUAGGUAAAUAAGGAAUGCAAAUAAAACCACUCAUAACCCAUGACUGCCACAUCUAGUAGACAGAAUACUGCAAACUUCAAAUUACAUGGUAGUAAACACCCAAAUCCGGCAGAGCCAGCAUAAGAGUGACUAUGUGGAAAGAGGAGAGGGAGCAGGGCCUGGAGGUGACAGAACAUAGAUAAAAUCACCCCCUGGAAAGAAGACCUACCCUGAUUAGAGGCAUGAUGAGAAAAGGUCUGAGACUUAGCAAUUAGAACUCGUUAUGUGGAGAAUCAAAAAUGAGGGGCUUGAAAUAUAUGGGCUUAAAGGUGGUAGCUCUGGAAAAGCAUU